AUGCAUCAAUUGAGUGAUUGUAAUCGCUUUAUCGCUAUGUCACCCGUAGAAAGGUUAAAAAUGGCAAAGCAGAAGCGGCUGUGUUUCAGUUGUUUAAAGAUUGGGCAUACAAAGUGGAAUUGUAAGGCGACAAAUAAAAGAAGUAGUGGUUUAACGGAUAUGCACCCACUUCUGAGAACAGUGAACGAACCUGGGAAUUCGGUUAAUUGUAAUAGUAUCUCUAGACCCCUUGACAUCCCACAAGUUUUCUUAGGGGUAUUACCAGUUAAGGUGAAAGGACCGAAAUCUUCAGUAGAGACUUAUGCAUUGUUGGAUAAUGGUUCAGACGUUACAUUGAUAGAUGCUGAACUGGCUGGUUGCUUGGGUAUUAAAGGCCCAAAGCAACCCUUGGUUGUAAAUACUUUCAAUUCUGCGAAAACAGUAGUAUGUGAGCGAGUGUCAUUUCAGUUAGAAUCCUUGGCUACUGGGGAAACCGUGGAAGUGGAUACUGCUUACACUACCUCCAGUAUGAAACUUGGCGAAGCUAUAGUACCUAGUCGUGAAACGGUUGUCGGUAAGCCAUACCUGUGUGACAUACCUCUUCCAACACUGCAAGAUGGAAGAGUGAGAGUACUCAUUGGAUGUAGUGUGCCAGAAGCUCACAAGGUAUUAGAAGAGAGAUUUGGAGGUAGAGAUGAUCUGUUUGCGACGAAAACACCACUGGGAUGGACAGUGAGAGGACCUAUACCCAUAGUCCACAUAUCAUCAUUAGUUACAAACGAUGGGGACAAACUAGAAACUAUGAUUAAAAAUAUGUAUGACAAGGAGUUUUGUGACUGCGGUGUCCCAGGGAAGGGUCGUUCUGUAGAAGACUUAAAAGCAGUUAAAAUAGCCGAGGACUCUUGUAAAUACGAAAACGGGCGUUUCAGCGUUGGCCUACCAUGGAGAUUCAAAGAUAGACAGUUGGUUUGUAAUAGGAAAGUUGCUCUUAAGAGACUAAUGGGUUUACAGAAGAAAUUUCUGUCAGAUGCAGAACUCUGGUCCAAAUAUAAGGAAGUCGUCGAUAAACAUAUAAUGAAGGGUUACGUUGAAAGACUAGUUGAUCAGAGUGAGCCAGGGAAGUGGUAUUUGCCCCAUCAUCCCGUCUUUAACCCGAGGAAGCCAGGUAAACUCCGUGUGGUGUUUGAUUGUUCUGCGAAACAUGAAGGAGUCUCUUUAAAUGAUAAUCUGUAUAGUGGCCCAGAUUGCGUGAGCUCAUUAGUGGGACUGCUAUUGAGAUUCAGAAAGUUUACAGUUGCUGUCGCGGCGGAUAUUGAGGAAAUGUUCCUACAGGUGAAGGUGCCAGAGAGUGACAGAGAUCACUUGAGGUUUUUGUGGUUUGAUGACGGUCCUUGUGGUAAGGUGUCAGAAUAUAGGAUGACAGUGCAUCCAUUUGGUGCCACAUCCUCCCCAUUUUGUGCUAAUUUUGCUCUACGAAAGGCAGUGUCCACAUUUGGUUCUAAUGAUUUGCUGGACGUCAUAGAUUGUUGCUUCUACGUGGAUGAUUGUUUAGCCUCCUUCGAUGAUGAUAAGUCUGCAGUUAGAUUUGCAACAAGCAUUACUGAAGUGUUAGCUAAGGCCGGCUUUCGUCUAACUAAGUGGGUCUCGAACAGCCUAGACGUUUUGAAGCAUAUAGAUCCAGAAGACAGAGCACCUACCGUACGAGAUUUGCCUGUUGAUACUCUACCAGUUGAACGCACAUUAGGUAUGCGAUGGGAUGUGAACUCUGAUACCUUUGGAUUUAGUGUUGGUGAUAUUGAUAAGCCAGUUACUCGGAGAGGUGUGCUCUCUGUGUUGUCGUCCGUGUUUGACCCACUUGGAUUAGUAGCACCUUAUCUACUUCCGGCUAGGAGGUUAUUUCAAGAGACAUGCAGGAAAGGGUUACAGUGGGAUGAACCAUUAAGUGAGAGGCAGAGAGAAGAGUGGAAGGGGUGGGUUAACAGUUUAAGAAUGCUGAAUCUACAUUCCGUCUCACGUCCACUUAAGCCGUCGAGAAAUCAUGAUAUAAUUGACUUCCAUGUUUUUUCUGAUGCCUCUGAGGUUGGAUUUGGUGCAGCCGUAUACAUCAGAACCACCUUAAGGAAUGAUAUAGAUGUUAGCCUGGUGAUGGGUAAAUCUAGAGUUGCACCUCUAAAGACGGUUUCGAUUCCGAGAUUAGAACUUAAUGCAGCCUUACUAGCUGCGCAGUUAUUCACAACGGUGUGUAAAGAGUUGGAUUACCCCAAGCAUCCCGUAACGUUUUGGACUGAUUCGAUGUCUGUGAUAUAUUAUAUACGCAACGAGUCAGCAAGAUAUGCAUGUUUUGUAGCUAACAGAGUAUCUCAAAUUCGUGAACUAACAACUGUUGAGCAGUGGAGGUACGUACCGUCUGGAAAAAAUCCAGCUGAUCUAGCCUCGCGAGGAGUUAUUGAUAUGAAUGUGGUUAAAAAUAAGUGGUGGAAAGGUCCAGAGUUCUUGCUAAGGGCUGAUAGUAUGUGGCCUCGUAGAGAAGAUGAACCACCGAUAAACGAGUGUGCCUUGGAGUUGAAGACAAGUGUCAGUUUAACAUCUACUCAAGAAAGACAUUCAGGUUUACAUCCACUUUUUAAAUAUUAUUCUUCUUGGUACAAACUACUGAAAGCGGUUGCGUGGUUGACACGAUAUGUUACGUAUUUAAAGGUCAUGCAUCUUGCGGGAUACGAAAAUAUGAAUGUGGGGCCUUUGAGAGUCGAAGAUAUUAGAAAUGCAGAGUUAGCGAUUUUGAGGGCUGCUCAGUGGGAAGCGUGGGGUGAGAUUGCCAAGGAGGAUAGUCCCGAUUUCGCAGAUUUCAAGGUGCGGUUAGAUAGAUUAUCUCCGAUAGUUUCCGAAGGGAUCGCUAGAGUUGGUGGACGUCUACAAAUGUUAGAAUCGUCAUAUGAGACCCGUCAUCCGGCUUUAUUACCUUGCUACCAUCCAGUCACUGAUCUCAUUAUAAGACACUACCAUGUUCUUGAAGGUCAUUUGGGUACUUCGCAAGUACUAUCAAGUAUUCGAUCUAUUCCAUUACAAUUUAAUGAUUCACCUCAGCACUUUUACUUUUCUAAAACAGCUUUCAAUCCGUUGUAA